GCAACCUUUGUCGAUCAUUUAUUGUUUCAAGUGCAUUUACGACAGCAGUUUGUUCCAGUCCGGUGAAUCAUUUGUGUUUAAAUUCAAUACAGCAACAAAACCUUAUAUGUAAAACAACGCUUCAUUAAAACAUCGCCACGAUAACAUCCAGACAGCAAAUUUCUACAAGAAUUUCGAUCCACAUGCCCUCCAGUUUAAUAUUCUCCUUUGUCAUCAAUAGUCACAGAAAAGUGAAGGUGCGCGGCGAAGGGAGACAGCCACUUUAGCCAAACACAAGCAACCUCCCAUAGGGUCAAAGCAUUUCGGUUUGUGCCAAGAACAAUUAUUGAAAAUGAGCUCUGAGUUUAUUACCAAAUUGAAAGACACAAACAAAAGUUUUAAGAUUUCUUUUCGAGAUGAAGAAAGCGAGUCGAAAGUUUCAAGGCUGACUUUUUCAUCAGACUUUACGCGGUCAUACGAAGAGUCAUUUGAGGACGAAGAUGACAUCCUGAUUGUUGAUAUUGACUACGGAGAGAAAAGCCAAGGUGCGCAGACGGUUAAAGAAGGUUGUGAUUCACCGGAAUCACUUUCUCGAAGUGGAAGCCUCAGCAACAGUUAUAGCAAGCAACGGCCAAAGUUUGGCCUAAGAAGGUUCAAAAGUGUGGAGGAGGUCAUCAGUGUAUCGCCAAAGAGAAGAAGAGCAAAACAAGCCUUACACAAAACUGUCAGUGAUUAUGAAGUCAGGUACAAAGGUGUGAGAAAGGAAUCCUCUUCUAAACUAACCUAUUCCGCUGAUUUCACACGAUCGUAUGAAGAAAGCCUUGAGGAUGAUAAUGAUUUGCUAAUUGUAGAUAUCGAUUAUAGCCAGAGUAAAGCGCUAGAAUCCAGUACUGAGGACAACAUCUUUAGCAUCUCUGAUAAUUUUGGCACACUAAAUCGUGCACAGAACGAAAACUUGAGGAUGUAUAAGAGCCACGAGGACAUCAGGCACGCACGCUUUAAAGCGAGGCGGGGAUACGAAAUAACAUUCACUGACGAAAGUUCUCCAGAUAGAAAAACGAGGUUGUCGUUAUCUUCUGACCUUUCUGCCUCUGGGGAAGAGAUCUUAGCCCCUUUAGCUUCUGCUGAUAUUGACACAAGUGCUAAGGAAGCUGGCUGUAUUGCAGACGAUGCAUUUGAAAAUGACGUUGUUGAUUACAGUUUCGCAACAAGCACGCCACAGAAAGUCAAACCAAUGUUGCAAGACGACCAAGCUUCCAAUCCUACUGGAUAUGGAAAUGGAAAUGGAUAUGGAAACAGAUCGACGAAAUAUGUAUCGAAUGAUUCAGAUUGGAAUGCUGGGCAAUCAAAUUCUCAGUUCGUUUUUAAUGCAGAUGAGGCUCAUUAUGAAUCAACAAGUAACAAGCAAUCGACCAUACUUAGCCUCGCAUCCAGUCUUAAAAACGAAGCUCUAUUGCUCGAGGACUCGCCUGACACCGUCAAUUUGACCAAUGAUGUUGGCGAGAAUGUGAACAGGGAUUCUAGUUUUGACGAGUGUUCUGACAAUGGGGUUGAUAUUAACAAUGUUGCUGAUUUUAUGGAUGAAAAUGCAGAAAGUAGUUCCCAAAUAAUCGCAUCAGUGCCUGGGAGGGAGAUCGAAGUUUCGGAGGACGUAGAAGCAUCCCAAUUAACAAGAAAGGAAAGCGCUAGAUUUGGUUUUAUUGAUUUGAACGAAAUUGUCAUUGAUGACGUCAGUGCAUCUGAUAGAAUGCAAGAGUAUCCACACCUGAGAGGGGAAGAUUCGAGUGAGGAUUUACAGGAAAAUAAUGGUGACAGCGGAGCGCAUAACAUGUCUUCAAGGGCAAAAGCAUAUCUCUACGUCACCCUGCAAACAGAAGAAAAAGUUGAAGAGGCUGGAAAUUUGGAUGCCUAUGUUGAUGAUGAUAAAAAGUUUGGUGAAGAAGACAACAAUGACUUGGUUGAUAUAGAUUUUGAAACAGACAAGCACGGAGCGGCCCAGCUGAAGCCUGAAAGUCAUUAUGCAACCAGGUCUACAGAAUCAUUAGCCAAAGAUCAUGUGGAUGCUGCAAGCAAUUACAAGAACGCUAUUGAUUCAGAUGCAGCAGAAGACAAGUACAGAGAAGAAGUUUAUAGUGUGGGCACCAUCGAUGCUGCUGAAAGCGAAGGCGAUGGAGAAUAUGGAGAGGAUGCCGAAAUAGACAAAUACAGAGAAGAAGGUUAUAGUGUGGGCACCAUCGAUGCUGCUGAAAUCGAAGGCGAAAAAGCGGCUGGAGAAGAUGCCGAAAUAGACAAGUACAGAGAAGAAGUUUAUAGUGUGGGCACCAUCGAUGCUGCUGAAAUCGAAGGCGAAAAAGCGGCUGGAGAAGAUGCCGAAAUAGACAAGUACAGAGAAGAAGUUUAUAGUGUGGGCACCAUCGAUGCUGCUGAAAUCGAAGGCGAAAAAGCGGCUGGAGAAGAUUCAGAAGAAGGCAGUAUUGGGGAGGCAGAUGAUAAUGGGGAUAAUGGGCUUGUAAGCGAGGUUUGUGAUAAAAAAGAAGAUUUUGCUGAUGACCAAAGAAAAGGUGAAGAGCUUGUCAUUUCGAAUGGCAACAUGCAGGAAAAGGCAAACGGGUAUAAUCAAAUGAAGUGCGAAAAGUUUGAUGAUAGUUACCAAAAAGAAAUCGCUGGAGAGAAUGAUAGAAGUACUGGGGGAGUGUUUCUGAGUGAAGAAAGGGAGGAUGAAAUGUCUUUUGUGUCUUCAUCAAAGAAAGACAUGUCUGCAAGUGACAGGAAGGAUGAAGUACAAAUGGAGGAGAUCGAGUCUGCUAGCUGUAACAUUGUCGAUGAAGAUCAGGAUGUUCCAAUUAAAGAAAUUGUUUGUAAGACUGAAGAAGAAAAGUCCAACAGAAUAGGUGAUCAGCAUUUAUUGGAUGAGCAGGGUUUCAUUGACAGAAACGCAAAUGAUUUGAUCAGCUGCUCCUCAAAAAGUUGCGGGAAGUUUUAUCAAAUUACAAUCAUUAAAGAAGAUGAAGCGACGACCAGUGAAGGUUUGCUAGAACAUGGUGUUCCUGGUAAAAUUUCGCGAAUACGGGCGCGCAUAAGGAGAUUAUUUUCAAGAAAUAAAGGAACUCAAGGUACAGGAAGUAUCGAAAGAAGUGACAGUUCGGGAACAGAGAGUUCUGAAAAUACUAUUUGCGUAUUUCCAUUGCCGGUUUUGAGCGAUGAUAUGGAAGUGCUGGAUGGUGAAAAUAGUGGUACGACUGAUGUGAAUGGUUUAACGGCCACUGAAAAAGGCGCGAUUUAUUUUGACACUGCAGAAGAUAGCAACAGAGAGGCUGAAUAUUCAAAGAAAGACAAAAACGAGGCUGAGCCUAGAGACAAAGGUGUUUAUCUAAAUGGGGAUUGUGUCAGGGCAGUUGAAAAUGAUGUGCCUGAACUGUAUGAAGGAGAAGACAUGAUAGGAGGUGACGUAAUAGGAUUGCCAUUCAGUUUGAAUAAGGUUUAUAGAAUGAAAAGCAGGUACGAAGGCAAACAAAUCCGUACGGAGACAAUCAGAAUCUUUUUGCAACAUGAAAGAAUCGUGUUUAUUUAAAAAUCUAAAUCGGAUUUUCUUCAAUGUUUUGAGCAGCAGGAUGAUAGUAUCAUGCGGAGAUUUGUUGUGGGAAUUUUGAAAGAGCAUUUUAUGACCUGGGAACAUUUUAGACUGCUUGUCUCAUAAACAUAAGUAAAUUGUAGAUCGUUAAAUUUAAUUGGGAAUAAUUGUGGGAAAGCCAUACCCAGUUUGAUAAAAAUAGAUGUUGUAAAAUUAAUUGAUUUUCUGUCACUUCAAGGGUUACAGGGCGGUAUUGAAUUCUUUCUAGAGCUGUGGAUUUUUGACGAAUUUUCAACGCUGUACCCUAUUCCCAAACAAAGAAAUGUUGAUUUGAACAAUUUUUUAACAUUCAGGUUUGGUCUCAACAUUCAGUUUUCGACAAGCAUUCUUCAAGGGGUGUUAUGUCUGUUAUUUGUAAUAAACUGACCCUGAUGUUAUUUUUCAGUCAGGACCCACUAACGGUGUGUUCGAAAGCCUGUUGCGAACUUUCUGGUCCGUCGUCAAUAGUAUCUUUUCAUUCAUUUUAAGGUCAUGUUGUCGUCCCUGUUUAUUAGGAAAGCUAGCUUCCAGCUUAGGAUUCUAUUAGCCCAUUGGGUUUUGGUUAAAUUACAUAAUCGAUUAUAUUGUCCUUAUCUAGGGCCCAACAAUUAGGGGGCGGAAAAUUUAAGCCCCUUUUCAUUUCAACAGAUUAUUUAUCAUACAUCUUGUCCUAUUUGCUCCUUUAGGCACCCCUUUAUUAUUAUUAUUACAUUAUUUGAAGUUGGUAUUUACAGUAGCUAAAUACAAUAGCUAAUUUAAACUAUCUACAAAAGAAAAAUUUACAGAUUAAUACUAAUACUAAAAUAAAUUAAAUAUUUAAAUAAAUAAAACUUCAAAGGGGGUUUCCACUGAUGUUGUUCUACCGACAAUUUUUACAUUGACAGUUAUCACCCUUCCAUUCUUUUAUCGAUAUUUUGAAUUUAUCAACAGACAGUGAGUCUUUUAUAGUAUCAGGCAGGCUGUUUCAGAGGAUGAUGCCCCUGAAAGCUAACGAACUGGUGCCGUAGGAUGUGGUUUUGGCUUUUGGCAGUUGUAAUUUCAACUAAUCCAGAAUUUUAUCUGCUUCUCCAGUUGUUACAUUUGCUACCGUUUGCGGAGUUUCUCGUUAUCAGUUGCAAAAAAUAGAAGUAAUCCUAAUUCUUUGUAGUGUUUAAUUUAUGGCAUUUGAUAAGUAAUUUUAACUUUUUAAGUUAUUUAUUGUAGCGAAUUAGGUUUGGUAGUUUUAAGGUUUUGUACAUUGGGGAGCAGGAUACUCAACAAUUUGAACGGCUCACGUAGAGUUGCACAAAGGAUACCACCAGAAAAAAAUUAGAUUUUAGAAAUCAAACGACUGUAUUUUUGUUCAAAAUAUUGAGAUUCUUUGUUGAGUAAAUAUCUUAGCUAUGGUUGUUUUGUAUGAAUGCUGUGUUUAUAUAAGUCAGAUAUUUUAGAUGUCAUUUUAAUCAUUGAUAUUGUAUUGAAUAAUUCCUUGUUUUAUCAAUACUGUAGCACGUAGAGAAUAUUUGUUGUGAACUUUAGCAAAGGAAAGUGGCUUUUAGGUUGAAAGCAAAAAUUGCACGAAAAAGAAUUAGGGCGAAAUAUCCAAGGUUUCUUUUCGUUAUGUCCAGGGACACAUUUUUGCAUCUUUGGUUUAUGAGGGGGGAGGAGGGCAUCAUUAGGCAAUAUUAUUCUAAAAAAAAAUUUACAAAGUAGCCAAAUUCUCAAAUUUUUUCUGUGAUAUCCUGCCCUAAGUCAGUGGCGGAAAUUCAUUUUUCAAGUGGGGGGGGGGCAAUGAAAUAAUGAACUAACAGUAAAUAUAGUCAUCGGAACGAAGCUCAUGAUUGGGAAGGGGGUUUGAAAGGACUGAAGGAUCUUUUAUUUCCAAUGGAAUACUGUGUUCUUAAAAAAGUUGACAAAAAUGGAAAUUUUACUUGGGUACUGUUUCCGUAGCAACUACCGUAGUAGAAGCUCUCUAGUACAUCAAAACUUUUGUCGAGAAGAACCCUGAGUUUAUAGGAGUUAGCUUCAGUAAAAAUAGCAAAAAAGAAUUAAGACAGAGUCAAGAAUUUCUCUUUUAAUUUUGUUGGAAGGGUCAAAAUGGCUGCCACUUCAGAGACUCGCAUGUUUGGGAGUUUCCCAUUAUUUCAGUAAUAUUUUAAACAAAUUAUUGAUGUUCAAUCGCACAAAUACCAAUGAAAUUGGCAGGAGACCCAUCUGCGCCAACAAAUGCCCGGAAAAUGUAUUGCUGGACAUUCUCAACUGUUGCGGGAGGGUGCUAGUACUAUUUGAAUAUUAUCUUAUUAACAUAAUUCUUCCUAAACUAUUGGGCAUAUAAACUGAGGCACUAAAUAGAUCUAGAGAUCUGUAUCUAUGAUAAUAGAUCUAGAGAUUGUAGAAAUGUAGAUCUAGAAAUGGAUCUAGAAACUGAGCCCCCCCCCCCCUAAAAAAUGAUUUAUUCUUUGUUAUAUUUCUUUAAGACACUUUGGAGCAGUAUCUUCUAAGUCACUUCCAAACCAGUAAAUGGCUUGAAAACUUAUUUAUGGAUAUCUAAAAGAUGAAGUUUCAAGUUUUGUUUUUAAUAUAUUUUCAGUUAACUAUAAUUGCAUUCGGUUUCCUCGGAGCUCUUUUUUCGAUCCCUGUUUUGUAAUCACAAGUUGCCAAGCCACUUUAAGAUACCUACAUCUCGGUCCCUUAACAUACCUUAGAUGCGGAUUUUUGACUGAAGAUUUGGGAUUAGGGUUUUGUUGUUUUCCAAUGGGGCAAAUGAUUCAGCCCCGUCAUUAGAGUCUUGCAAGAAAUAACAACCCUUCGUGUGUGUCUAGGCCUUUUUG